UACCGCCAUCGGUUACUCAGCUUGUCUCCGUACUAUAGGCUUGGGCUCUGUCGAUUUUACUCUACUGGGUCAGAGGUUUUUCCAUGGGGAAUCACGUACUGUUAAGAUUCAUUUUGGAGAACGUGAUCUAAUAUAAUUGGAAAUAUUUAAUAUGUUAACUUGGAUUAUUUUUAUCUAAUGUUUGUGAUUAUGUCGGUGUCAUUUAUGGCCUACAGUGUAUUGCUACUGUGAUAAUACAUAAGAUUGGAGUAUUGAGAAUAUCUGAGUGAUAACCAGCAGUUGGAGGAUAUGAGAUAUAUUUUGAAAGGAUCAACUGCGAUGAGUAGAGCGUGAAGAUUUUUAUCUUUUGACAAGGAUAUUAGUGCUCUAUAGCAAAAUGAUAUCUUCAGACUGUGUCUUGGAUAUAAAUAAUGUAUUCCAUUCGACGUCAGUAGUUGUUGGAGGAAGUUGUUUAACUAGAUCAGAACCUACAACUGUAUUGAGAGAUGUAUCCGCCAGGGUCCAUGGAGGAGAAGUUUUGGCUGUUUUGGGAUCAAAGGGGUCUGGAAAGAGGGCGCUUCUUGACGUGAUCGCUGGAAGAGCAGUUGGUGAAACCAGAGGCAGGGUUACACUGAAUGGUAGUUUGUUGACCCCAGAAUUAUUUAGACGCCAUGGAGGAUACGUAGCACACAGAUGUCAUCUUCUGCCCAGUUUAACUGUACGACAAACUCUGACCUAUGCGACUUGGCUUGGAAAUUUAAGUAAUAGGGAAGCCAGAGUACGUCAAACACUUGCCGAUUUGGCUCUCUCCCAAGUCGCUAACAGAUCUGUCAAUGACUUGACACAACCAGAAUACAGGCGGCUCAUGCUCGGAGUUCAAUUGGCCAAAGAUCCAACGUUGCUUUUGUUGGAUGAACCUACUUGGGACACUGAUCCCUUGAACACGUAUUUAAUAGUUUCCAUGCUAUGGUCUUAUGCAACCAGAAGAGGUUCCAUUGUUGUCUUAACCAUGGAAACACCAAGAUCGGAUGUUCUUCCAUUUGUUAGUAGAGUAGCUCUACUCUGUCUUGGUGCAGUUGUUUAUUCAGGUCCGACUAGAAGUAUGCUUGAUUAUUUUGCAUAUAUUGGAUUUCCUUGUCCAGAGCUGGAAAAUCCAUUAAUGUAUUACUUGUGUCUCUCGACAGUAGACCGUCGAUCUCGUGAUCGAUUUUUGGAAUCAAAUCAACAAAUCUCAGUACUAGUUGAAAAAUUUAAAGUCGAGGGUGUUUUGUAUAUGAAAGAAGCACCUCAAGGUCCGGCCAGUGUAAAAGAUGCACCAUUGGGUUUGAUGCAUAAAGGAUUGGGUCGCGGUAUUAAACCAGGAUGUAUUUCCACUCUGCUGGCUCUUUAUUUAAGGGGUAUGGCUGCCACGUUUUCCUUUAAUAAAUGCGGUUUGGCACAUUUAGCUGCCAGAUUAUUAUUACUGCCAUUUUCUGUUGUCUUACUCAGCAUAUUGUACUCGUACUCCACACCAGUUCAAUCAAGAAUAUUUCUACAAACAGGAGGACUAAUGUUUAAUAUUUUAAUUAUAUUCUAUUUUGCUGGGUUAGCUACAACGGCACUACUAUUCCAAGGUUUUCGGGCAAGAUAUUACCAAGAAAAAAGAGAAGGUUUAUACGGUGGAGCAAUGUUCUUAAGUGCCUAUACACUUUUAACGUUACCACUGAGCUUUGUAUCGACUAUUAUUACUAUUGGUAUCCUGGUACCAAUUUUGGAGCUAGACCUUUCGUCGUGGAUAUAUGCCUCUGGUAUUCUUUGGGCUAGUUACGUCGCAGCUGAACAAGUAACAGUUGCUGUGUUCAUGGUAAUAGCUCGUCCUAUGACAGGUGCGAUAACAGUUUUAUAUAUGUCAUUACUCUCGGUAGUGAUAGCAUCUGGCGGCGUUCGUAGCCUUAGAAAUUUACCAGAUUGGCUAGCAGCCGUUUCCACGGCUCUGCCGACCAGGUACGCAUCAUUAGCGUUAAAUCAAUUAACCAUUGAUAUACCAGCUUUCUCCAAUUUGCCGUACAAUGAAAGUAUUUCUUGUCCUAGUAUUCCUGAAUUAUGCAGGUAUCCCGAUGGGAAAACGUAUCUCAUUGAACGAUUCACCCGCGAGGGUGAAAAUAUCUCAGAAGUACUAAAUAUCGAACUCAAUCUGUUGAUAUCUCUAGCAUUUGCAUUGGGCUUAGUUAUUCUCAACAGUGUUCUUUAUUUGCUACCUUUACCAGCUAGGAUUAAAGCAAAAUUCAGGGAAUAGAGAUAUUAUAAGUUGUAAAUAAAAUUCGUAAAGACAAUAAAAGUCUUUUAAACUA